AUGGGAAGACUCUCCGCUCCACCCCGAAAGGGUCGACCCCUGGACCACAACGGUUCCCAGGCUCGUGGCCUACGAGCACCGACCCCCACACAGUUCCGGGGCAGGAGAGAAAACCCACCUAUGAGACACCACGGCUUUACUCAGCAGAAGCGGACUCCCAGGGUGAACCACAAACAUGGAAAUAAACAGAUGACAAGCGAUCAUCGGGCAGGCGGCGACACGGCUGUACUCCAGGAACGAGCACUCUGCUGCAGACCGCGCCUGCCUGGUCGUCCAACUCCACGGACGGCACCUACAGGGGAGCACUGGUCAGACAGCGCUGCUAAUGAGGGUGCUCGACUCGACUGGGGACCGGUACUUGUCACAGAACAGCGGGAGAACACGUGGAGACACCACACUGGGCCAAAGAAUGGACUAUAA